AAGGCAGACAUAUUUGAUUUGAUUACCUCGGUAGUUAGCUUGCUAGCCAGUUGUUCAGAAAAAAUAUUGUUACUGGAUUGUAUUAGUUACAUUCUCCACGACAAAUAUAACUAUAUUUUAAAGAAGCUAUUAACGUUACUGUGUUUAGUCAACGAUGAAUCCCGAAUAUGACUAUUUAUUCAAGCUGCUUCUGAUUGGCGACUCAGGCGUUGGAAAGUCUUGUCUUCUCCUACGAUUUGCAGACGACACAUACACAGAGAGCUAUAUUAGCACUAUUGGAGUUGACUUCAAAAUACGGACCAUAGAACUGGACGGAAAGACCAUCAAACUUCAGAUUUGGGACACAGCUGGCCAGGAACGGUUCCGCACAAUUACGUCCAGUUACUACAGAGGAGCGCAUGGCAUUAUCGUAGUGUACGAUGUCACGGACCAGGAAUCCUUCAACAACGUGAAACAGUGGCUGCAGGAGAUCGACCGCUACGCCAGCGAAAACGUGAACAAGCUGUUAGUAGGCAACAAAUGUGACCUGACUACGAAGAAGGUGGUGGACUACACAACGGCCAAGGAAUUUGCCGACAACUUGGGUAUCCCCUUCUUGGAAGCCAGUGCCAAGAGUGCCACCAACGUGGAGCAGGCCUUCAUGACCAUGGCGGCCGAAAUCAAGAAGCGGAUGGGCCCCGGGGCCACGGCCGGAGGCUCCGAGAAGUCCAAUGUGAAGAUCCAGAGCACGCCGGUCAAGACCUCCUCUGGAGGCUGCUGUUGAGGCCCCCCCGCCCCCGCUCGGCCCCACUAAACC